AAACGGAGGCCCAGCUGCUCCCGUCCUUCUCCAUGGCCUGGGGAGACGAGCCAAGAGCGCGGGGUUCGCCGGUGCGCCACUCUCCAGCAGCCGCCCAGGACACAAGGCGACCCUGCUGCGCCUUUGCGCUCAUAGAAGGAACAACCUGUUGCUUCUUCAGCUGUAGGACCUUCCUUCCCUAAAGGAUUUUCAUGGUUGGACAUACCUGCAUGGAGAAAAAAAUGGGUGAAGCUGUUGCCAGAGUAGCUAAGAAGGUGAAUGAAACAGUUGAAAAUCAAGCAGAUUCUCUUGAUUUGGCAGAUUGCAAAUUGAUGACAUUCCCCAUCGCCCUUUAUAAAGUCAUGAGGCAUGUGGCUGAAGGCAUACAUCUUAUCACGCUGGCCAAUAAUGAGCUGAAGUCUGUAACUGGCAAAUUCAUUAUCACUUUUAGCCAGCUGAGAGAACUUAAUCUGGAAGGGAAUUAUAUUCAUCACCUGCCAGAAGAGUUCCGAACCCUGUUACAUCUGAAAAUUAUCAACCUGUCCCGGAACAAAUUUCAUACUUUUCCUGACCAGCUGACUUCUUUGCAGGCUCUUGAAAUGAUCAACCUUGAAGAGAAUGAGAUUACAGAUGUUCCUGUUGAGAAACUUGCUUCCAUGGAGUCUCUGCAGUGUGUGAACUUAAAAUCCAACCCAUUAAAUGAGGAGGUUCGGGUGAUUGCCAGGCCACUGAUCAAGUUUGACCUUCUGACAUCUCCAACUGUUCCUCAAGUUUGAAGCCAUCUCUGACCUGGAUUUGCGGCCGUAGGAGGUUGCAGUGAAAGAGGGAAAGGAAAUGCCACGUUUGCUGAGCUAAGCCACUCCUAAGAUACAUCGCUCUGCAUGUGUUAGGUUUAUGAGCUUCCAGAGUUGCAAAAAGUGUGAUUUUUUUUUUUUGGCAAAGUGAUGGAGGUUGCAGCCAGAACUGUUAUCUGCUAAACCACGAAUCCAUAGAAAAUAUGUGAUUAGAGUGGGCACUUUUCACUGAAUGAUGAAAAGGAGAGAAGAUAGAACACUGACUUUCUCGGCCGCAACCAUAGAGAAAGAGGAAGGGCAAAAGUGACCAAUUGUGUGCCUAGGAGAUGAUUAGAUGGUGUGGAUGGGCACCUUGUAUGGCUGAAAAAAGAGGAAAUCAAUCUGUGAUUGGAAGAUUGAUUGCAAGUUCAUGAAAAAAGAACAGUUUUCAACUUGGAUGAAUUUAGAUUCCAUUCUUUCAUGUUUUAUCUUCUCCACUUGUAUGCAAGGAAAACCAAGGAGCACUUGUUUCUUUACUUCACAGUGCUCGCAAAGGACAAUUAAAUCAAAUAUAUCCAGGAUAAAUAUACAUCUAGAUUCAGAGAUGCUCUAAAAGAUUGAUGUGGUCCCAGGAGUAUAAAAUAUAACCUAUUAGCUGUCAGGUGCAAAAGUUCAAUAUCGUACAUUAAGUUGCAACAGAGAUAAUUUAUUCAAACCUACACACAUGAAUCUAGUCAACUAAAGUUCAGUACUCAACUGGUGAUAACUGUCACAGAAUUUAGACUUGGACCGUUUCUGGGAACAUAACAACUCUAAGCUGGUGACACAUUUAACUCCACCCACCUGUUCCGCCUACUCUUCGCCUACAUAAACUAAGAGAUUCUGUAAAGAUGUGGAUGUAAAUCUACUCCUAAUACGAAACUAUUAUCCUCUGCCUGGAAGUAAAUUCUUCUGAUAAUUUUUGUGCUGUAUGAACCAAUAUUUAAAUCUGAGGCAGUGAUUUGAUUUACAGUGGUUUGUGCUUCCAGUGGCCUGUGACAUCAAACAGGUGCAUUUGUGGAUUCUGAACCCUUUAUUUAUAAAGCAUCUUUAGCUGUAUCUUUCUUGAAAUGAAAUGCUCUGUUGUUUCUUAAUCUCGCCCUGAAGAAAGAAACCCGGGGUUACUUUUGUUGUCCUCAAUUACUGAGUUUUCCAUUUCAUUCUGUGUUACAGUACAACCUGAAAUUGACAGCUGCUGGUAGUGCCAUUUUUGCAGCAGCAUCUUUAGAAACACAGUCCUGGAAGACACACUCAUCAAUCAAAAUGAAACUAGUGGAAAUUUCUAAACAAUAAAGAUUCUUGAGAAUUGCUGGGUAUUUCUGUACGUGGAUGCAUAGGUAGAGUGCCAGGAUCAGAUCAUGCAUAUUCUGCCUUUAGCAUUUUUCUCAUCCAAAGAAUGGUUGCUGGAUAUUCCUGUGAAGAAAAUUAAAGGAGCUACAUCCAAAGUUUGGACUAGUUAAUCCCAGUCUUCAAAAACCAAGCAAGCCUAUAAAGAAGAAUAUUUGUAGCUCAGGGUUGAAAUGAGGGGUCCUUGGUGCCCUCUGGGCCUGGUUGUUUUCUUGCAGAGCUUUCAUUACCCAAACAACAUGACAUCAUCAAUGCUAGUCACUAGCGCUGAUGAUGUCACCUAGUUAGGGUAAUGAAACGUCUGCAAGAAAACAACCAGGCUCAGAACCGAAGAAGCUUCUUGGGUGAGAAGUGAAACGUCUUCAAGCAAAAACAAAGGAAGUCCUGUUGCCUGUUGAAAAGUAACGUUGGGACUACUAUGAUCUGGAUGACUGAGAAUCUCCAUAGACAACCCGGUUCAGAGACCACCAACGACCCCUCAUCAAGCAAGCCCCUAUCUUAUUCUAAGUCAGAAAGGGAUUUUGAUCCAACUUCUACACUUCCUGGGAAGACUGUGACAAUUAUUCUCUGUCUCCCACAUAAACACAUUUGCCUAGAGAUAGAAAGCUGAUGAAAUGCCAUCAUGUUUCACUGGUCAAUUAUCUUCUGUGCUGUCCUGUUCAGGCCUUAGCUUGAACUCAUGAGUAUGUGACUUGGGAACGCAGGCCAACUACCCAGACUUCCAAACCAGGAGACAUUUAAGCAAAUGUGACAGAGCAACUGGCAUAGAAAAAGAAGUCUGGCUUCCUUUGAUAAAGUUCUACAUCUCCAUGGCUCCUUCCUUAUCUCCAUUUUAAUCAAUUGAGCCUGUUGAAAGACCCCUUGUGCUUUCAGAUAGUGGCUACCAAUGGAGUCUUUUUUCCUUGACUGUUCUUUUUCUCAGCGGGUUAAAGAUUUGCACCCGGAAUCUUGCUCAAUUUAGGAGGGAGGUAUUUAAAAAGACACAAAAUGGCUGGUGGAAUUUAAUUUCAACUUUUGAAUUUAACAAAAUUCAGAAGAUUUGAAUGUCGCCGUUAUAUAUUCUUCACCAGAAAUGAGUUUAUUCCCAUUGGAGAAAAUAAAAGGACGGGAACUUUGCAAGGUGAUACAAUCACUUUUAUAGUUUACUCAACCCUUCUAGAUCUGUGAACGAAGUGUAACUGUGUUGUGUAUUUAAAUGGAAACCUAUAUUUAAUCUUUGCCGAGGGAACAACCUGGCACCCUUAGGAACACUUAGUAAAAGUAAAACAUGGGUUUAUUUGCUGCCUUAUUUUUUUUAAAUCUAAAAAAACCUGCAUGAAAUUCUCCUUUUAAGUAGUUACAGCAUAGUAAAGCUAGUUGUAAUUUAUUGGGAGGUGGGGAAAAGAUUCUUGAGAAAUGUCCCUUCCCUGCCUGCUAUUCCCUCUUUUUUUUUCCUCUCAGGGUGUAAUUGACAAGAUUCUGUGUUUUGACAAUAAAGAACCUGAAUUUGUGGAAUCAA